CUUGAGUUCAUCAUUAGCAAGGAGUCCAUGUGAAACAGUCCGUCGAGAACAAAAAGGGCAUUUCAUCAUCAGACAUCGACGAUCGAAGCUGCGGUCAGGGAUCCUGCGCCGAUCGGAUUUGCGGGUGACAAAACGGUUGUCGCAGGUUCAGUGACGGGCUUUGUCCUCGCCCCAAGUUUCCCCUGCGCUCUUCCGCCUCGUUUGCGCCCCAAUCCCUCCCUUUCCCUUUUGUCUCCAUUCUUUUCUGGCUUGCCAUCAUUUUGACCUGUCUCUUUUAUUCCCCCUUGGUUUUUAUCUCGCUCAUUUUUUUGGUUGUGUCCUGCAGAGCGCUUCGUAACCUUUUAUUGCGUUUGCGUUUGCGCUGCGGCUGCGGAAUGCCGUUGAGUGUUUGGUGGUUACCUACGAGCUGUGAACGAGCUAUUUGGCCGGCCUUUCUAGUUAUUUGAACCAGAGAUACCCCGGCGACCCAUUUGGAGUGAUAAAAAAAUGCCGUCUUCUUCGAGGUCCGACAGCGUGAAGAACCAGAAGCUCGACAAUGAUAGCUUCGUUGCCUUCGACCACGCCGCGGCUGGACACGACGGAGUCCGGUGCACACCUUCCGGCUUUCUUAUCGCGAAACCUUGCACAGCCCAAGAAAUCGCUUUCUAUGAAUCGACUGCUGUCCACCCUGCCUUUCACGAAUUUAUUCCUACCUAUAUCGGGUCGCUAAGCUCGGCCGAUCAACAAGAUCCAUCUGCCGCCCUCACUGCCGCAGCUGCUACCCAGCAAGGUGCUAUCGUCCUCCCCGCCGCGGAGAACUCGCCUUCUUCGGGACCUCCGGCUGCUAGUGUAUCUACCGAACCAACUGCAUCAGACGACCCGAAGACAGGCGACGCGACAGGCGACGCAUCGUGGACUCCAUCCGCCGGGACAGGGAAGAAGUUGGACACAGGGUUGUCGAUUGUACUCGAAAAUGUUGCAUCUGGCUUCAAACGACCGAACGUUCUGGAUGUCAAGCUCGGGGCUAGGCUCUGGGCUGAUGAUGCCAUUCCCGCGAAGCGAGCGAAGCUGGAUGCAGUGUCUAAGGAGACAACCAGCUCGUCUCUUGGGUUCCGAAUUGCAGGGAUGAAGGUAUGGACCGGUGUCAACGGCGAAGCGGACGAAGGGAGUAAGACAAAUCCCUACAUCACACGCUAUGGACAGCCAGGAGGCACCAAAGGCGAAGUGAUCGAGCAAGAUGGGUAUAAACGCUACGACAAGUGGUACGGUCGCUCCUUCACUGCCGACAAUGUGAAGAGCGGAUUGGAAACGUACCUCGCGGGAGCAAAAACCGCUGAAGCCGACCAUUCGACGCUGGUAGCUAGACGGUUAGCGGACGGGCUGAGACGCCUGCAACAAAUUUUGGAGUCAGAAGAAAGCCGCAUGUAUUCCUCGAGCGUGUUGAUCAUUUAUGAAGGCGACCCAGAAGCCAUGGAACUAGCCCUGGAAGAAGAGAAGAAGGCAAAAGAAGCCCCUCCAAAAACAUCUGAUGCGGAGGAGGACGAAGAGGACGAAUCCGAUGGGUUCGAGCUCCAGGAUGGAGGUGCGUUUGAGAUAGCCAACCUUCCAGUUGGCGAAAAUGGGGUGCCAAACCAAACCAUAAACAUAAGCAUUGACCCGGAAACCGCCCAAUUGGGAGAUCUUGAGGAUGAAGAGGACGAAGAAGAGGGGCCGAAGGUGCAUGAUCUCCGUCUGAUCGAUUUUGCCCAUGCCAGCUGGACUCCUGGCCAGGGGCCAGAUGAGAAUGUUCUUGCUGGAGUGCGAAAUCUUGCUCGCAUAUUCGAAGAGCUGUCAACGGACUAAAAUAUUUGCCAUCUAUCUGUAUAUGCAUUGGCUAUUAUGCUGGACCUUGAUUCAUAGUCGCUGGCGACUUUGGAUCGGGAUCUCGCUUUAUCUUUUCUGUUAUUUAGCCCAGCCUAGAUCAAUACACCUGAACAUUAUUGUCCCAAUGACGGGUUUCCACUGCAAUGUACCCACAUACUACGCCAAGAUUUAAAGCAGC